CCUGUUGCCUGGCUUUAUCUCUCUGUCGUGGCGAGUGAAAUGUGCUUUUGUCGGAGUCUGUCUAGCUGAGGAUGUGAUAGUUGUCGUCGCUUACCACAGCAGCCACAUGAUGCUCUGCAAGGGGAAGCACUUUUUUACUUGAUAUUAAGAUAAGGUGCAAAUAAGGUUGUUUUUUUCUGAAUUGACAAUGUCGCCUAGGCUUAUUUCAAAUGCAAAUGAUCCUCCUGCUCUGGACUGGAAAUACUGGCGUUAGGAAAAGUUGUUUCACUCGUGUUGAACGGCAUUUGAAGGACAUAACAAUGAAUCAUUAUAAUGAAUCCAUGACAGGGAAAACCAUGGUCCCGACCAUUCCGUCUAUUAUGUUCAUUUUCGGGGUUGUUGGGAAUGUCAUCGCCAUCGUGGUUCUUUGUAAAUCUCGCAAAGAACAGAAAGAAACCACGUUUUACACGCUGGUGUGUGGACUGGCCGUCACGGACCUCCUGGGCACACUGCUGGCCAGUCCGGUCACCAUCGCCACUUAUGUGAAAGGCUCGUGGCCCGGAGAGGACCCGCUCUGCCAGUACUUUGGAUUCACCUUGCUUUUCUUCUCUCUGGCGGGGCUCAGUAUCAUCUGUGCCAUGUCGGUGGAGAGAUACGUCGCUAUAAACCAUGCUUACUUCUACAAUGACUAUGUGGACCAAAAACUGGCGGGUUUAACUCUUUUGGCUAUCUACAUCUCAAACGCGCUUUUCUGCGCCCUGCCGAUAAGCGGCUUUGGACAGGUGAAGAAGCAAUACCCGCAAACUUGGUGUUUUUUAGAGUGGAGGAGCAACAAGACCAGCGAUGCCGCUUACUCCUAUAUGUAUGCGGGUUUCAGCUCUAUUCUUAUUCUCGCCACUGUUAUCUGUAACGUGCUUGUGUGCGUGGCUUUGAUCCGGAUGCACCGACGCUUCGUACGCAGGAUGUCGCUGGGAACCGAUCAGGGGCGCAACGUGGACCCGCAGAGGAGAGGACGCAGCUUUGGACGUCUGGCCGGUGCAGAGAUUCAAAUGGUCAUUCUUCUUAUAGGCACUUCGGUAGUGGUGCUUAUCUGCUCCAUCCCACUUGUUGCUCAGGUGUUUUUGAACCAGCUGUAUAAGACUCCAGUGGAGCUGAGGUUGGAGAAAAACCCUGAUCUACGAGCGAUACGCUUCGCCUCUUUUAACCCCAUUCUUGACCCCUGGAUCUACAUCCUGCUCCGCAAGGCUGUUCUUCUCAAGCUCAUUGAGAAAAUCAAGUGCUUGUUUUGCAAGAUGGGAGCGCGGAGGCAACAGAGACAGGAAAACUUCAACUGUAUAGAUGCUCAUCAACUCUCCUCUGCCAUCUCUAACCGGGACUCACACUCCCUGGUUUCUCAAAACCUGCAAGACUUCACCUGCAGCUCCCAGACCUUCCUCUACCUGCCAGAGGGAAGUGAAAUGUACAACGAACGCUGCCAUGAAGCAGAUAGAGUCUCUGGUUCACGACCUUCAUCGGUCAGAAACUCACAAACUUCCUAUUCGUCUGAGCAGGGCAGCGUUGAGGCUCAGAGUAGAGAAAGGACAAAUGUAUAUAGGGACCUUUCAGCUCUGCCAUUCCCAAAAGACCCAGCACUUCAGGUGUCGUUAAGCACUGAGACAGUGGAGGAGAAAUGUAUCUGACUUAUCUCUGAGUUAGGAGAAAGUUCUCAGUUCGCUCGGGUAGAUUGUCUACUGAAUGACUUCCUCCAAAAGUGAACUUUUAAACCUCGGAAAAAUGGGAGGAAGGCACAUGAAAAUAAUAAAAGACUCUUCUUGUGAAGUCGGGCACAUGAAGCUAGAAAGAAAAAAAAAAGAUAAGCUUGAAGUGCUUUGAGCUUUAUCGUCCUGUUGCUCUCUGUUUCAGCACCCAGCUACCUCAAGUGAUGACCAUCUCUGACUGUGUGAGCAGAUUUGGUUAUUUUGCCCAAAACAGAUGUUCUAACAGAGACAACCUACUUUUUCAUGACGCAAGUGUCAGUGAUGGAAAAGCUAUCCUUCCUUAUAUCAGUUACUUUAUUCAAUCAUUGUGGAAAUAUUUACUGUAAAGUAGAUGGAGCUCAGUUGUUUAGAAUAAGUGAGUCACAAGCUUGUGGUCAAUAUGGUAAAUGAAAGUAAUCACAAGCAUGUGUUCUACCAUUGUAUGGAUUGGAUUUAACAAACUCUAUUGUACAGUGCUUCUCGAAGGACGUGUUGUGUUAGUUCCAUGACAGUGCAGUAUUAUUAUGUGGUAAACACGACUAAUUGUUCCUCAGCCCUGGAUAAACACACAUUUCAAUCAGGAGAGACUUCGUUGCAGAUAUGCAAAGAUUUAUUGUACAUAAGCAUAAUAUGAAAUGUACAGAGUCUUUGGGGAUUAGACUCCAUCAUUCAAAAUAUUUUAAAGGGGUAGAGAAGCCAGACAUAUUCCCCCCCGAUGGAGCCUAGACACUGGUGAUGGCGGAGAGGGAACCCGGAGACCGAACGAAGGACCUGUCUGCCGCAAAGGGACUCAGGUUGCAGUGGUUGACGAUGCCCGGAGAUGGAAGGGGAGGAGGAGGGUUGCACGUUUGCCUGAAAAGACAGCUGAUAGCAAGGAGAGAAGACAUUUAAAGCAGGAUUUCAUGCUGUGAUUGGAUCAUGAAUUUUGUGGCCAAUUCUGGUUGGUUUACUGAAAAGUGAACGCCUCUUAACAGCUGAAUAGUUUUAGGGAGAGAUAGUGGUAAUUGAAGUAAUUUAGAAGUCUUCCUGAAAGAAUUUGCGCUGAGCUUCAUAUGUCAUCUCAAAUUAUAAAAACAUUCUUUUUCCAUCAUACAAUGAGGGUACAAAGAUUCCUGUGCUAUAGUUAUUAACACUAAACAAUUUACAGAAAAUGUGGUGUGAACAAAUGUUGCUUAAUGUGGAUGGAGUAUUAGGAGGAGGAUGAAGAUUAUUCAGCACACCUGUUAGCUUGAGAAAUAUUGUGUUCUAGAUGAUCAAUGUUGUGUAAUAUAUUGUUUGUAAUAAAACAUAUUCUUCCUUAGGAUAAGGAUCUAUUUGAUAAAUCACAACUCUAAAGGAAUUAUCCACCCUCAAGAAGUAUGGGUUUGAUGAGUACCUAUGCUCAUGAAUCGCUAACAAAAGGACUUUACAAAAUAUUUUGUAUUAGUACUAAGUGUUAUUUUCAUUAGCAGUUGCUUCGUUAGCUGAUUAUUCUCACGCAGUGGAUUAAAUAUUUACUCAAAAUGUCAGGAAAUUGUCCGUUUUUGUGAUCCUAUUCUGUGACACAUUUUUUCCAAUGGCAGAAUUACCAUUUUUAAUAGUCUUAAUUCCAUUAAAGUCAACUGACACCUUCAGCUGCGGUCUUACCACUAUAUAUAUAUAUAUAUAUACUGAACUUUUGAACCCCUAUUUGUUUGAGCUAUUCCACUUAAAUGAGCUUUAUGUCUUAGUUUCAGCAGCUUUAAAGCACACAGUCUGCCUCCUUUUCUCUGUUAUUAAAUUGGCUCCAGUUUGUAUGUCACGGAUUAUGUUCUCGCCUUAAUUGUUUCUCUUGUUGCUGUGAAUUUGACUUGUGUGUAAAAAUGCAAAUCACGCCCCUCAAGAUUGUACAGUAUAAUUAUAUUAAAGUAUGACAUACAAGAGGCCUGUUAAACAAGGUAUUUUAAUGUAUGUUUUAAUCCAAUCUUUAAAUGAUGCACUUUAUUUUGUGUUCCGUUUAUAUUGUAAUGUAAAAAUUUGUAAAUUUUAUAAUGCAGCUGUAAAUUAUUGCCCACACUAUUGUUACAGAGCAAACAUGACCUUUGACCUGUCAUCAUAUGUUGUCCAUAUAAAGAGGAAGUUAAUAAUUUGA